AUGACAUCAAAGAAUGAUGAUAAUGCAAUCGUAGCAUUGGAAACUUAUGAACCCGAUGUUCAAGUUAUGAAUCUCAAGAAUAAAAAUGUGGAUGCUCAACUUGUUUUCCAAGGCGGUGUUCAAAUCAUUCUUCUUAAUACAACAUGCAAAUCUGCUAAAGUUAAUGGCAAUCAAUUGAACUUGCCAAUUCAACUUGAACAAGGUGAAAAUCGCUCGUGCAAGCUUAAUGUAACAGUCAGAUUGACAUAA